AUGAAUGAACGCUACGAGGCUGCCAGCCUGCUUCCCAACAACGCCUUUGAGGUCAACAUCCAGAACGUCCAUCCAUUGGACCAGCCUAUUCUACGAACCAGAUCAGCACCCAACACGCGACAAAAACCCCUGAAAGAUGCCCAAUUGAAUGCGCCAGAGUCCACAGUUACUGCAGAGACAAUAUCCAAGGGAUUCAGCGAUUUGGUGGGGUUUCUGCAGAUGAUUGCCAAGCUGGUGCGAUUUGUAGCCAUGAGAGUAUGGCGAUUUGUGGUGUGGCUGGACCUAUUAAAUUGGCAGGAAACGGGCAUGGUGCAUCUUCCAAGCUUUGCUAUGGGACUGGUAUUUGUGUAUUUACUGGUUUCAUUGUUUGGAGGCAGAUUUUCAGGCUCGGGACUGGUAACUCUAUUGGUGUGUGGGGCAGUGGUUGCUUUGAUGUUUACAGCCGAAAACAGUUCCGAAUCUCCCGAGAACCAGGAGCCCAUUUCAAGAGUCACAGAAGAAAGAACAGCCACGAUACCAAGAAGAACGAACGUGGUGCGGCGAAAUAGCGAUAGACCUAGACUGGUGAAUUUGGCUAUGGAACCGCCGAGUACACCCAGAAGGAACUCUGCGGUUUCGCGAAAUUCAGAGGAAUCCCCGAAGAAGUCGGCCAGGUAUCAUUUUGUCAAGAAUGCAAACAAGUGA